AUAAUUUCCGGUAGCGAAAGCGGGCCGCCGCGAAGCACGCUAGGAGUUCUAAUUUAACUCUGCGAAAGAAAGGGCCAUGUCGGGCUGUCUCUGUAAGAGAGCAGAGCCGUUCUCGAGAGGUUCCAGACGUCAGGAACUCACAUAAAAGGUUAAAGUGAAGAUUACUCCUUCCAAUACAAAGAAAAUACGUCUUCCGGAACAUCGUGGAAACAUCCGCAAGCGUGCACGGCCCUUGUAACGUUCCGCACUGACGCGUGGGGAAAGCUGACCUCCUCCUCUCACGUAAUCCCGGCACCACUCUGUGAUUGGCUGCUGUGGGGGCGCGGCGCUCGGGGGCGAAGGCCCUCGAUUGGUCCUUCCGGGCAGCGGGCCGGUGCUCGGGCUGUAGCCGCGGGAGGUCCGGAUACCGACGGCCAUGGGGCUCCCGGGUGAUAAACGCCACACAUCUUGACUGGGUUGCUCUGAAGACUGAUGUCUAAACCUUCUCAGUAUGGCCUUUAGAGGAGGAGAUUGGCAUGGCCUGCCUCCCUCAGCUGCACUCCCCUGCACUAAUACUGGAAGGUAUUCCACAUGUAGAACUCAGACCCAUAACAUAUGCAUGGUGUCGGACUUUUUCUACCCCAAUAUGGGGGGCGUGGAAAGCCACAUUUACCAGCUCUCUCAGUGCCUGAUCGAAAGAGGGCACAAGGUUAUAAUUGUCACCCACGCCUAUGGAAAUCGAAAAGGCAUCCGUUAUCUCACUAAUGGCCUCAAAGUCUAUUACUUGCCUCUGAAAGUCAUGUACAACCAAUCUACAGCUACCACCCUCUUUCACAGUCUGCCAUUGCUCAGGUACAUAUUUGUUCGGGAAAGAGUCACGAUAAUCCAUUCACAUAGCUCAUUUUCUGCCAUGGCCCACGACGCCCUCUUCCACGCCAAGACCAUGGGGCUGCAGACAGUCUUCACGGACCAUUCGCUUUUUGGCUUCGCUGAUGUCAGCUCGGUGCUUACAAACAAGCUUCUGACUGUGUCUCUUUGCGACACAAACCACAUAAUCUGUGUGUCCUACACCAGUAAGGAAAACACUGUUCUAAGAGCCGCACUGAACCCUGAAAUAGUGUCCGUCAUUCCGAAUGCCGUAGAUCCUACUGACUUCACUCCAGACCCAUUUAGACGGCACGACAGUGUAGUGACUAUUGUCGUUGUCAGCAGACUUGUUUACAGAAAAGGGACUGAUUUGCUUAGUGGCAUAAUCCCCGAGCUCUGUCAGAAAUACCCAGAUUUAAAUUUCAUCAUUGGAGGAGAGGGACCAAAGAGAAUCAUUUUGGAAGAAGUACGGGAAAGAUACCAGCUACAUGACAGGGUACGUCUCUUGGGAGCCUUAGAACACAAGGAUGUUAGAAAUGUCUUAGUUCAAGGACAUAUUUUUCUUAAUACCUCCCUCACUGAAGCGUUCUGCAUGGCAAUUGUGGAAGCAGCCAGUUGCGGUUUACAGGUUGUAAGUACCAGGGUUGGUGGAAUUCCUGAGGUACUUCCCGAAAAUCUUAUUAUUUUAUGUGAGCCUUCAGUAAAAUCUUUGUGUGAAGGAUUGGAAAAAGCUAUUUCCCAACUGAAGUCAGGAAGCUUGCCGGCUCCAGAAAAUAUCCAUAAUGUGGUAAAGACUUUUUACACCUGGAGGAAUGUUGCGGAAAGAACUGAAAAAGUGUAUGACCGGGUAGCCAGAGAAGCCGUGUUACCCAUGGACAAACGACUGGAUCGCCUCAUGUCUCACUGUGGCCCAGUAACAGGCUGUAUUUUUGCUUUGUUGGCCGUUUUCAACUUUCUCUUCCUCAUUUUCCUGCGAUGGAUGACCCCAGAUUCCAUCAUUGAUGUUGCAAUAGAUGCCUCAGGGCCGAAGGGGGCCUGGAUUCAUGAAUUUUCUUACAGUAAAAAAAAUGGCCAGAAUGAAGAGAUUUCUAAAACCAGGUAGAGGGAAGCCUGGAUAGUACAAUUUUAAACAUCUGCAAUAGUUCUACUGAGACUAUUGAAAAUAAGCUGAAUUUUUGUUUUUCAAGUUAAUUUAGUAAGUUAUGCUACCUCUGUAUCAUUCAAUGUUUUAUUUUGGGGAAAGAUAAAAACAUAUGAAAUCCCUGAGUGUUCAAACUCCUUGCACUUAUUUAACAUUUGAGAGAGAAAAUUUAAGCCACUCAGGUAUGCAGUUUUUCAGACUACUAAAAUCCCUCCAGCAGAGAUGUUUUAACAUUAUAUGUUGGGAGCUUUGGGUGCUGAAUGGCCAAACGUUUUCUGGGUAUUUUUUUUUUCUUUUGGCCAGUUUUUAAUAUUAUACCAUUAACCAGACAUUCACCAGAUGUUUACAGGUUUUCUUUAGGGAAAUACAACAAACUAUAUGAAUCAUUCUAGCUCUUGUUCUUAAACAUUUACUGGGUAUACUCGGUAAGUGUCGCAUAUAAUCAGCAGGCUUCUCCAGUCAGAUGGUCUUUUAGUUAUCAGCAUCUUUUGAGCACCUUUUCUAUUAGAACGUUAAGCUGGAUACUUCCUGCUAGUAAGGACCAGAGGCACAUUCCCUCUUUGCAUUAUACUCAAACGGGUUGGGUUGACUUGUGGUGGUGUAAAAGAUCCCACGCACCCCAAAACGGUUGUCCUAGUCUGAGCACUCCUUUGAUCCUCUUAUAUACGUUUUCCUAGGUAGAGCCUUUGUCUUCCGUUUUCCUUAUGGAAGGACUUUUUACGUUUGAAACUCUAAGGACCGAUAUCACUGUUUAUGAUUGUGCAGAAAGUCCACAUCUUUCACAGUGUGUGAUUUUGCCUUCUGUAAUGGCCUUUGUGCGUAGCAGAACGUACAAGGUGUGCCAUCCCCAGGUCAGCGGCUACCCUGCACCUUCGCUAGAAGCCGCUACCCUUCACUUGUGGCCUCGCUGAUAAGUAUUGGCAGUAAAGUCUCUACCCCAGAAUUUUGUUGUUGUUUAUAUCAGUCUGAGUCUCAAGAUUUUAGAAAUACGGUCUCUUUGUGGGUGGAUGUUGUUAACUGUAAGUAUGGUUGCCCUGAGCCAUGGGUUUUAUAACCCCAAAUUAGCCACACACUGUAUAUUAUUCAUUCUUGGAACUCUUUAGAUUUUUUGUGAUUAAAAAACUGAGAGAUUGGAAGGAUGAGGCACUUGGUGGGUGGACUAGAUGGUUUCUGCCAGUAUUGUGAUUCUUUACAGGAUUUUUUAAAUGAUAGCAUUCACAAAACUUCUUAAAAGUAUCUUAACAUGACUAUGAACUGGUUGCCACUGAUACAAAAGAAAUAUAUUUUGUUUGGUUUAUACUAAAACACAAAUGCAAGAGUGUACUUUCUAAAACCUAGAAAUUAGGGUUUCUUUUGUUGGAAGAAAAGUGGACUGAUGCAAACCAUUGAUUCUUAUUGGGAUUUUCCCAGGAAGAAAUGGAAUUAUAUAUAUAUGCAAUGUAACGUGCCAAUAUUUGUGAUAAAUUGAGAAACUGUAACGUUUGGUUUUAUUUAUUCUGUUCAGCAGUUUUUAAAGGCAUACUACUAAGCUUUCUUAUUUUUUGUUAUCAAAAUUGUCAUAUGUACUUAACGUAAAUUAUUUAAGACAGAGGAUUUAAAGUUGUCUUUGCAUGUAAAAUAUGUCAUUUGGAAAUUAAAAUUAUUUUCCUUGGAUUUUCUUUUAACAAAUGCAAAGUAAAUUUGCUUGUCUUCUGUAAAUCUUCAUUUUCAGGCUUCCAGGAUACCUUAGUUAUAGUCAGCGUUGCACUGAUCAGUAUGUGAAAGCAUAUUGCGUUACCCUGCUACUUAUAUUUAUUUGAACAUGAACUUACAGUGACAAGGAAUUUUUAAAAAAAUAUGCUGUAUUUCUUUUAAUAUUAUAAAAAGUCACACAUGUAAAACUGAUUUAUUAAAACAUGUUACAUGUCCAAAAAUAAAGCCUAAAAUGACAUUUUGACAAUUUUCUAAGUUUGUCUUGUUUUAUGAAUGGAAUAUUAUUUGCUAGCAG